CGGGCACAUGCUCUAAUGGAAAACUCGCUGGCCUGCUUCGCAACGCAUGUGGCAUGGACCAGCCCCAUCUUUAAUGCCCUUAUCUGGUCAUCACCGCUGCUAGCUGCUGUCCUCACACCUCGGACUGGGUAGCAUGGAAUCCGAGCUUACAGUCUGUGGAUGGGUGUUUUGUAGUGAACUAGUUUGAAGGCGUGAUCGUGCCCGAAAGCGCCUUGGAAGGCUUGAGAAGACGAAGGCGUCGCCAUGUCAGCGCAGGCAUCACACAUCGCCUCCAACGCGCCCCUUUCGCCGCUCCCACAGGGUGCAUUGCCGGGGCUAUCGUACGAGGGGACCGCCCAACCGGAGUAUGGACAAACCAAGGCACUGACGCCGCGACAGAUGGCGCUCAGCGGUGGCAGAUGGAAUGGGAACGGGCAGCACGAUCCUUCGUUGCUAGCCAAGGCCAACGCGCUGCACAAGGGCAUGCUGGCCGCUGGAGCCACGAAUUCAGAGAUCGAGCGGCUGUCCAGCACGCUUUUCUGUGUUGUAUGCGCAUCCAACCAGAACAGAUCGAUGGAAGCACACAAUGUCCUGCAUCACAACAAGUUUCGCGUCAUCAGCGCAGGCACCGGCUCCAUGGUUCGCCUUCCCGGGCCGGCCAUCGACCGCCCGAACAGCUACAGCUUUGGAACAGAGUACGAGUACAUCUACCAGGACCUGCUCAAGAAAGAUCCCAAGCUAUACAAUGCCAAUGGCAUAUUGCCGAUGAUUGACCGCAAUAGGAGGCUCAAGAAGGCGCCACAGAGGUGGCACGAGCUUCGACAGACGGCGGACAUUGUGAUCACGUGCGAAGAACGGUGUUACGAUGCGGUGUGCGAAGACCUGUUGUCACGCAAUGGUGAGCUCAAUAGAGCCGUUCACGUCAUCAAUGUUGAAAUCAAGGACAAUCACGAGGAGGCUUUAAUAGCAGCCAAGGCGAUCCUUGAGCUAGCAAAAGCGAUCGAAGCAUCUUCGGAUGUAGAUGAAGACAUCGCACGCAUUUUGGACACUCACGCCGAGAAACACUCACAUCCGCUCUUACACACUGUUCUCUACUACUGAGCUGCGCUGCGCAUGCUUCCCAGCAUACUUGAACCGCGCAUUAUGUACUAUAGGCACGCCGGUAUCGGAUUUUGUAUUCUUUCGUCA